AUGGCUGAUCACAAGGAUCAACAUCAGCAGCAGCAACCCCAUGGCUCAAAGAGAGAAGAAGAAGAAGUCAUAACAACAUUUUCUCCCACGAUAUUUUCUCCCAAGUCAUUUCCCAGGAGAAGAAGAAUCAAAUACUGUGGAAUUGUCAUUGCACUUGUUCUGCUCCAGAUUGUAGUGCUUGGGGUGCUUUGCCUCACUGUCUUUCGCUUCAGGGAUCCCAACGUCAAGCUGGCUGCAAUUUCUGUCGAGAAUUUCAGCCCGGCGCUUGGAACAUCCACUGCCAUCAACAUGACACUGAGGGCAGAAAUUAAGGUGAAGAAUCAAAACUGGGGAAAGUUGAAAUAUGAUGAGAGUGUUUUGGUUGUGUCACAUGAGGGUUCUACAGUUGGAGAAGGAACAAUUCCAAAAGGGUCUAUUAAGAUGAGGCACAGCAAGCAGGUGAGCGUUUCGGUGGAGGCAAAGCUUGAUGGUAUAUCAUCAUCAAGCAGUGAUAUUAGUUCAGGGGUUUUGAAUUUGAAGAGCUAUGCCAAGCUGAGCGGGAAGGUGAGUAUGGUGGGUCUGGUGAAGAAAAGAAGAAGUGGGGAAAUGAAUUGCAGUUUGACAAUUAGUUUGGCCAGGCAGGCAAUCCAGGACUUCCACUGCCAAUGA